GAGCGUGAGAUCGCCAUCCACCGCCUCAAGACCGAAGGUCGUGAUUCUGAAUCGACCCUCGAAUUAUCGGUCCUGAAGAGGAUCUUCACUUCGUGGCAGUACUAUAUAUUUCCUUUGGCAUACUGGAAUUUACGUGCGGCACAGAGAUGAUCAGAUGGAUGACCGUCUUCCUCCACAAUCGAGGCUAUUCCGUCAGCGAUUACAACACAUACCCGGUCACCGUCGGUUGCGCCGAAAUUCUUCUGAUCUUUGUUGCCGCCGUGCUCGUUGAUAAGUUGGGCAAUCCACAAAUCAUCAUAUUCCUGUUCGGUACUAUUCAGAUCUACGGCUACGCGGUUUUCGCCGCGUUUCCUAUCGUUUAUUUUCGGUACGGAUAUUUUGGUUUGGGGGAAAGUUAGGGUUACGCGCGAAGCGCGUCUAUGUCUAUGUCUAUGUCUAUGUCU